UUUUCUUUGCUGUACAGAUCACAGUGGGGCUAAAAUUCAAGCGGAGUGCUGGGAGGUGGGAGCUGGAUAAGGAGCCCUUGAAUCGAGUUAGUCACACUCUUUAGCAUCUAGCUUUUACAGUUUCUGCUUCGAUACCAUGAUUUUUGACUGUCUGCUGAGCGUGUGGCUGCGAGGAUGGACCACAAUUAAUAAAACUAACGGGUUUCCUAUUAUUGGACACUGAGGUUGUUUCUAAUUUUUGAACAUUACAAACCAGGCUGUGAUGAACAUCCAAGACACUAAAUCUAGGCAGGUGCUGGCCACUGAGGUCAGGAGGAAUAUUUUUGAAACCUCUAAGCAUGAAGUGCCUGCCAGUUGUUGUAACUGGAAGCUUUUUGGCUAAGGCCCAAAAGGUGGCUAAUGCCAAACGCUCUGCUCAAACCUUUUGGCUUGCUGAGGUCAGUACCCAGCUCCUGUCACAGAGUGUUCAGGCUGCCAGGGCCUUGGGGACCACUGAGCCAGCACCCUCAUCUCACGUGAGAGGACUGAGGCCUGGGAUGGUCCCUUUGGCAGCACAGUGCUGGCCAGAACCCUCCCAGCCUCCAGCCCCCGGGCUCCUAAACUAGAAGCUGAGCUGUACCAUUUGGAAUCUGCCCUGCAAACUCCCUGGGCCUGCUCCCCACACCACACAACUCUCUGCCGAGGCCAAAGGGGGCUUUAGGCACUUUUGAAGUCAACUGAGCAGUGAGGGGAGGAUGUGGGUAGGCAUUGAAAGGUGACCUGAGGUUUACCCUGCAAGAGACUGGACCUGCUCCAUCCAGAACCCCUCUUUAUCCUAAGCCACGUGACAUGCUUCAUGGCAGUGACCCUGUGUCAGGUCCACCUGGCAAAUCUACUUGGGAUUUGAGCUGAAAUACCUGGUGAGUCCUCCACUGUUAUUGGAGCUGGCACCUUCUCUUCUCACUGGGAACCAGCUUCCCUAAAGGCCCAUGUACCCAGCCCCCUGUCCCAGACAAGCCUGGGUGCCUUUGGGAGCUAAUGAGCUGCCCUCCUUCCCACCUUGGGCCUUGAUACUGCCUGGGGAAUUCACACAAAUGGUGUGAAACUUGCCUCUUCUUUGUUUUCCUUUCUGACUUGGAGCUAUCACAGACCCCUCACCUCCACCCGGACCCUGUUUAUUCAACUGGGAGAGAUUUAACACCCAAGAACAUAGCUCUCUCUCCAGGAUCCCCCUCCCUAAAUCUUCAAGACCGUCCCACAUUCCCCCACGCCUGCACCGCCUGAAUAACUGAUGAGUCAAGGCAGGCUUAUAAAAGGGUCCCCAGGGGGGAAUAGCCAAGAGCGCCGAAGGUUCUGAGAACUGGCGUAGCCCAGUCGUCUGCCUUGGUGUCCCAAGGAUGGACCCUGCUGCUCCUGCUGCUGCUCCCCGGGGCCUGGCCCUGGCCCAAGCACAAAUCAAUGGACAAGAAGUUUCUGGGAAUGAAAGAGAAACUUGUCUUUGGAGACCCUGGCUGUCCUCCGUAAAUGACCAACCAAGGCAGGCUGCUGGUGGGUCAACAGCUGCUGAGGCCACCAAGGCUGAGUUCCAUCACCCUGUCAGGCUCUUCUGGCCUAAAUCCCGCUCCUUUGACUACCUGUACAGUGCUGGGGAGAUGUUACUACAGAAUUUCCCUGUCCAGGCCACCAUCAACUUAUAUGAGGAUUCCAACAGUGAAGAGGAUGAGGAGGACAAGGAGGAGGACGAAGAGGAGGAGGAGGAGGUCAAUGAAAUAGGGCCAGAAGGGUGUGUGAGGGUACCAGAGGCCACACCACACAAGGCCACAGCUCAUUCCCCUGACCAACCCCUGACCUGUCCAAACUGAAGCAGUCCCAGUUACACUUGACAGGUUUCCAAGGGCAUUGAUUAGCAAAGAGUCUCCAGACACAGAUUUUCUGGACUGAAACCAGUGUCCUCAAGCUGUCUAGCUUACCCUGGCUCCCCUGAUGGGCCUGCGAGUCCAGGCCUCUGGUAUGUUUCUGUCUGAGCUGUCCUUGUGCCAACAGUAGGAGAUUCCUCAGACCUGGAAGGGUAAUCAGGAAGCCCUGAUUUCUGAAGCCCUCAGGAAGUAGAGUGGGGCAGGAGAUGCCCUUGGACAAGAGAGCAGGCACUCCCCAGGGCCCUUUGAUCCCCUAGUUUUCAAAGGUAGCCAUGUGAGUCAGUCUCUGGGGGAGAAAGGCUGACUUCCAGAGACACCAACACCAGAUCCAAGCAAUACUGGGGCACCUUGAGGAAAGGGAAUGGAACGGAAUGGAAUGGAAGGAGGCAUCUUGAGAAUCUGCUUGUCUGGGGACCUGCAUCCACUUUGCUUGCUAUUCAUUCAGUCUGGGUAUUGGCAUAAGAUGAAUCAGGAGAAAAAUAAAUGGAAUGAUGUUUGCCUUUUUCUUGGAA